AUGGAGAGUUUUAAAGAGGCAUUGACAUUCUAUGCUGAAGCCUAUCGUUUGAUGCCUGGUUCGCCAGUUUGCGCUUAUUAUUAUUCAGUGGCAUUGUGUAGGCAAGAAGAAUGGGAAAAAGCCUUAGAUGUGUAUUCAUUUAUCGAUCAUAUUGAUUUCACAAAAGAUAUGUGGCUUAAUUAUGGUUUAAUUAAUUUACGUUUGGGUCGAAUAAACGACUGUUUACCUGCAUUACAACGUGUUGUUUUAGCUAAAAAUGACGCACUAUAUUGGGAAAUUCUCGGUGAAGCUUACUUAUUUCGUAGAAGUUAUGAAACAGCGGUAAAAGCUUUCAAUCGUGCUUUAGACCUAGAACCGAAUCGACCAUUUACACUAGUUCUAUGUGGAAGAGCUUAUCGUCAUAUGAAUGAUAUUUACUCCUCACUUUGUUGUUUUAAUAAUGCACUAAAGAUGAUUGAAAAUAAUUACAUGAUUGAUCGAUUAUACAGAAAAUUCUAUGUCUUGAUUAUGAAAGAAUUAGUUGAAAUUCAUAUGUUCAAAUGUCAGUCUGGCAUGUAUCAAGGAUUUACUGGUCAAGCGUUGAACGAUUUACAGCAUACUUUAACCUUGUUAAAUAAGUUAUUGAAUUAUUUUGUCGGUUCUAAAGUUGUACCAUUCUGGUUUUUCCGAUAUACAGGUGAUAUUCUUAGCCUAUUGUCUAUGAUUGAUGAUCCUGAACUAUUAAUCGAUGUUCCGACACGUUUAGUUUCUUUAAUGAAUGGUGCUCAGUGUCUAACUGAAUCGAAAGAGCCUACGGAAACGAUUAAAGUCAAUAUCGUCACAUGCCUUCACCUUGGUGGGAUUUAUUUAGCUUGUGCUCUUCGUACAUCUAUCAGUUCAGUUCGAUAUCCAUCACAUUCAUUAGAUCCAAAUGUACUCUCUAGCAAUAAGAAUACUGAAUCGAGUACCAAUACUACUACCACUACUACGGCAACUACUACAACGGAUCCAUUGAAGUUAUUAUUAAUAAGUUCUAUAUUAGUUAGUUUAGGUAUUAAUCAACUUAAUCAAGGUUAUUAUAUACAACGUAAUAAUAUUUCACAGGAAUCAUUAAUGACAACAAAUCAAUUGGAUCAUAUUAAUAAACCAUUCAAUUUCAUUAUAAUACCAAAUGAAUUAUUUUAUUUAUCUGAAUCAACUUUAAAAAAUGCAUUACAAUUAUUAGAGAAUUUAUCGAAUAUCUAUGAUGAAUUAUUAGAAGAAAUAAUAAAAGAGAAAAGUUUACUUGAACCAGGUACAAUAACAACUGAUGAUGAAAUUGACGAACAAGAUAUACGUGAUCGUAUUGCUUUAAUUAAAAAACUUCAAUCACGUGCAUGGGCUGCAUUAGCUGGUGUUUAUUCAACAAGUGAUGAAAACUUGGAUUCAGAAAUCACCUAUUGUCUUUGUCAAGCAUUACUUUAUAAUCCUGAUAAUACCACCGUCAUGGUUAAUUUGGCAAUGCAGCAAAUGAAACAGGGUCAAACUGAACUUGCAGUUAAUUUGGUAGAACAAGCUAAAGCGAUUGAUCCAGAUAAUUUUAGAGUUUGGCUUGUUUCAGCUCAAUUGACUGCUGUCAUGUCUGGUACUCCGUCGAUUGGUCCUGGUUUAUUAGUCAAUACGGAAGUAUUGAGUCAUUUGAUACAUGCUGCGUAUACAGGUUCAAAUUACCAAGUAGCGUCACAGCUUACACUGCAUCUGAUGCCUAUAAUUAUUGAAUAUGCUGGAUGUAAUUUCCUUUGUGAUCCAUCAGCGUCAUCUUGUCCAUCAAAAAGUAUGUCAGAAUUAAUUCAAGUUUUCGAUAAACGAGCACAUCUACGCCUAUCUAUCAAUGUGGCUAUAGAAUGCUUAAAUCGGGCUAUCGCUUUCCAGCCUAAUAAUAUACGAUUAUGGCAUAAUCGGGGUAUAUUACUCCAAUUGGUGGGAUAUUCUGUGCCCGCGAAACAUUGUCUUCAAAAAGCUGUUAUGUUAUUGAAUAAACAAAACCCGUUAUCAUAUCGUGAUAAUCCAAAUGAAUUGGCAUUUUUCAGUCUUGUAUUAUCUCAUUAUUUUCUUAUUACAUAUAUUUGUGGAUCACCUGAUUGGAAAACUGCUGAUCAACUUCUUAAUUUAACUAAAAAUCCAAAUUCUACAUUUUGUCAUAGUUUAGCUGAGGCAUGCGCUAAAGGCAUCAUAUUUACAAUGCAUCCAGAUAAUCCACCACAAGAAAAUUUAUCACUAAUAUGUUUAACUGAAGAAAUUCAACGUCUUGUUAAUCAAGGAUCAUUAGUUACUAAAUCUGCAUUACAAUUUCAACCAAAUGCUGGUUUCUUAUUAUUAUUAGUUAUAAAAUUAAUCAAUUGUCCAUAUUUUGGUCCAAUACAAGAAAUUCAAAAAUUACACACUUAUUUAACCGGGAUUAUGAAACAGACCCAAUCAUCCAUAUCAUCAUCAUUAUUAUCGUCUUCUCCUUGUUCAUCAACUGAUCAAUAUUAUAAUAUUUCAUUACCAUUAGCUUAUAAUUUAAGUCAAAUUGGUGUACGUUUAGGUCAAGAUGUUGAUUGGUUAAUGAAUUCACCAUUAUGUAAAUUAAUUUAUGAAAUUUCAUCAAAAAAACAAAUGGAAUAUGAAAAUUUAUCAAAUUUACCAGAUUUAUUUACUAAUCGUAUUAGUGAUAAUUAUUUACCAUUAGGUGGACAAUUAACUGAAAAUGAAUUAAAUAAUUGGAUUAUGAAUAAUACAUAUUUAUCAUUAUGUUCUUCGAGAAAAUCUUCUGGUCUAGCAUAUAUAUCACGUUAUUUAAUUCAACGUCCAAAUGAAUCAAUUCGAUGGAUAUUUUUAUUUGCUUGGUUAUUAACUAAAAAUCCAAUUAGUCGAAUUACAAAUUUAUCUACAAUUGAAUUAAAACAAAAUACACCAAGUAUAAAUACUUCAAUGGAGACUAAAUUAACAAUCUAUACAAAUUUAAUUAAUAAAUGUUUAUUAUGUAUCAAUCAAUUGCGUAAUGAAUGUCCUAUGAAUUCAAUAUUCGCUAGAGCUUUAGUCAAUUUUAGUUUAUGGUGGUUAAUUGUGAAUAAAGAUUAUCAAUUAUCUAUACAACAUGAUGAUUUAUAUAUGAAUUUAUUGUUAAAUUUACGACGUGCUGCUAUUCUCUUCCCAGAUACACCGAAUAUAUUGUCAACAUUAAAAUUAAUAUCAGAAAAAAUUUAA